UCCGCGGCUAAUGAAGCCGAGAUAGGCAGAGAGGUCGGUUUGGCGGCUGUCUCCGAACAAGCGGGGAGCGCUUGCGAAGAUGUGGUAAAAUAUGGUAAAGGAGGACGGCCGGCGACUGCAGUUCCGUACGCAUUCGCGACAUUUUGGGCACUCUUAAGGGGGAGCGGGGGGAGGAAAGGAUCUACUCGAAUAGCACAGAAGGUGGUUCCCAACAAAAGAACAACAUUUUCAAAGGAAAACAAAAAGCCAAGUCUUCGUCCUUUAAGAAUAAGGAGCUGGGAAAUUUCCAGUGAAGAUGUUUAGUUGAUGACUGUUCUCAAGUAACUGAGUUCAGCUAUAUGCAAAGUUUGUAGGGAAACGCGCAGCGAUACAGUCGCUAGCUAUUUCACUGCAUCUGGAUGUAUUGAGAACAACCGAGCUACAGUUUUCGACUUUGCUCACCAAGGUCAGACAGCUAGGACGUCGCCUGGGACCCGCGAAUUCAACCUCACCCGCAAGACUUCGUUCUCCAACAGCAGCGACGAAGUCCGCAUUUCUAGUUUCUCCUAGUGGGGGCGUGGUGCGUUCUUAUGGAAACAAGGCGUCCAGUGCCGCCCUAAUACGUCAUUAAGACGCGACACGCGCCAGUCCUGAUUAGUAUGGCUGAAGCCGUAGAGUCUGGUAAAGAGGAUGGUCUUUUGCCCGUUGUGUCUUCCCCGUCUUCCGUGGAGUCUUCCGUCGUUGCGAUAGAAGUGACGGAACGCCAGGAGAAAGAACCAGCCGACAUCAAAGAGGAAGUACAGAUUGUAGAGAUAAAAUGCAAAGAAGCAUGUGAAUUGAUCCCUGGAGAAUUAGAGGACUCUACAUCACAAUCUAUAGCAGCCAAGAAAAUAAAAAUAGAGAUAAAGGAGAAAAAAGAUAAAAAAAAUAAAGUUGAUGAAGAUGAGAUUCAAAAAAUGCAAAUUCUGGUUUCCUCUUUUUCUGAAGAACAGCUAAAUCGUUAUGAGAUGUAUCGACGAUCAGCUUUCCCUAAAGCUGCUAUUAAACGGCUGAUACAGUCAAUUACUGGAACCUCCGUGUCUCAGAACGUUGUUAUUGCCAUGUCAGGAAUUUCUAAAGUCUUCGUUGGAGAAGUAGUUGAAGAGGCGUUAGAUGUAUGUGAAAAGUGGGGAGAAUCGCCACCUCUGCAACCCAAGCAUUUGCGUGAAGCAGUCAGACGACUGAAAUCACGAGGACAGAUUCCAAAUUCAAAAUAUAAAAAAAUUCUUUACCACUGAAGAGGAAGCGAAAAAGUAUAUUAAGUGGAUUGGAGAUGUCUUCACUGAAAUGAAAAAGACUUCUAAGAUGUUCUGAUGUUCAGCUAACUUAAAACUGUCAUGUUCUGCAAAAUUAAGAUAUUCCUUGUGCAAUAAUUCCAAGUGUGUAAUGAUAAGACUAUAUUGCAGAUAUAUUGUGCUAAAUAUAAAAACAUUUUUAAGUAGGCAAAAUAAGAAAUAUUGAUGUAAUAAGAUUACAGGAAACUUGUGAAACAUGGUUUCGUUUAAAAGGAAAUAAUUUGUUUUUAAAUGUGUUAUGGGUAGGCCUUGGAUAAUGGCCAUUCGGUAACUAUUUGAAUUUACUACACUGCUGAAAAAAUGGACUUACAACCAGCAUUAUAUUUAUGACCUUCACAGUGUCCCUAUGGUCAUGGAAUCAAAAUUUGGAUGCUUGGUGACUAGCUCACAUUGACAACCAUCGUAGUUCCCUGAGGUCACCUUCUCUUGCCUUGUGAGAACAGCCUCUGCUUCAGGUCUCCUCACUUGCCUAUCUCCCCCCAUCUCUUUCCUUCAGGCUGCCCUAGACACCAUGUCCAAGAUGAAGACGUCACUGUACUGCACUGUCCCCACCCGCAGCUGAUCUGGGUCUUCUUUGCUCUCCUCCCCUGGGCUUGCUGGCCCCAAGCCCCACUGCACAGGGGCUCUGACAGCACUGGGCUCACCUCUGCCCUCUUGCUUACCCUGCACUGCAUGGCCAAGAUAAAGAUGCUGCUUAUUCUGCCAUUGCCCCUUGCUGCUGCGCCAUCCCUGGUGCUAUGGCCUUGAAGCCAGCCAUCCUCAGCCAGCCCAGGGGAGGAGAGGAAGAUAUGAUGGUUAGCAGAGAGUGGCUGAAUAUAACAACAUCUUCAUCUUGACUAUGCUGUACAAGGUGAAGCAGAGAAGGGGAAGACAGAGGCAGAUUGAAGCAAGACACAGCUUGAACAGAACAAUUGGCUUCUGGCUGAGUGAUCCCCUGAAAGUGUCCUUUGGCUUGGAAGAAUCAAGGCCUGGGACUGGCAGGGACUAAUCUGAGAAUAGUUUGGAUCAUGGUGGGAGUUGAUGGGGGAUGUGAUCACCAUUUGUGACCUUCCCUUUUGGCUUCUGACAAGCAAAGUCAAUGGAGAAGCUGGCAGGAAGACCCAAGUCAUAGUCACAAACCUUUGCUUAACAACCGCUGUCACUGCCAUUGUUAAGCAGCACUGCCACGUGAUGCUUUGCUUACUGACCUCUGCUUAGCAAAAAAAAUUCCAGUCCCAAUAAGGGUUGUUACCUGAGGACUAUUGGUAUUGCAGGUACCAUUACAUCUGUUGACAACUAUAUCCAGCAUAGUAAUUAUAGUUAUUUUUCUUCUUAAUCCUAAUGUUUAAGUUUGCAUUGAUCUCUCAGUUUAAACAAAUGUGGAAUUUGUUAAUAAUUACAGCAAGGUCAAGGAAACAUGUGCCGUAUACUUGUAAAGAAUUACCAAAACCAUGGUACAUUGACAUUAUAAAGCUAAUGUUAAACUUAAAACUUGCCAUUUUAAUAAGGCCCUUAAGUGUUUGUGACAAGUUCAUAAAUGUUUACAAGGUGUAUAAUUGCAAUUAUCAAUACAAAUAAAUUAAUAUAAAUAGAAUCUUAGAAACCUAAGCCUGAGAAAUCAGUGGAAAUAGAAGUUAAGCAUUUUAAUACAUAAUGUUUAAAAGUGGUUCAUAGAACCAGUAUUGUCAAGAGAAAAUUAUAUUGUGUGAGAAAGAGAUCCAAUAUACCGAAGGCUUAGAUUUCAAGUCAGACUUGUACCACAUAUUGUCUAUUCCCAUACACUCUCCUGUUUGAAAUUACAGUAGUAGUUAUACAGAGCUUUAAAAUUAAUUUUUUGAUAUGACAUUAUAAAGAGUUUAGUUCUUCACAUUUACAUAUAAAUACAGCACUGAAGAAAGGAAAACAUUUUCAGAAACAAAACCACACUAAAUACUGUUGUAAUCAAAUAUCAGCUUCAGUGGGUUUCCUCUUAAUGCUCAUGUUAUGUUUAGAUAAAUAAUUGUUCUCAGCAUAGCAGAAACAUCUGAGGCAUUCAUGCCAUAACAGGCUAAUAAGCUUAGUUUCUACUAACUGAAACAAGCAUACUACACCAAAUUAUUUGCCACAGUAUACUGUUUCUACAUUUUGCCUUAUUUUAAACCAAAUUUAUAUUGGAAGACAUAAAAUUAUUUUAGUCAAAAAUGCAAAGACAAUAUGGUAUAAUAAGAUACACUGAUUUUUACCCUGCUGCAUUUCUAAAUGAAAGGGUUACUUUAAGUGAACAGAAUGUGUAUUGCACCAAAUGUAAAUGUUCAUACUUGCCUCAUUUUUAACUCAAAAAAGAAUUAGGUGCACAUAUAUUUAUUUAAAUAAAUCAUCAACAUAUUUGGGCAAUUAUUCAACUAUUAGAUUUAGAGAAAAAAUGUCUUCACACAGCACCGUUCACUAACCUUCCUGUCAAAGUUGACAGAAAACACAUAGUUACGCUUAAUGUGUUAUUUUGGAGUGUCAUAUCAGCAGUUUCAUAUAGUCACAGACUUCUAUUCAUCAGAAAAAAUAAGCAUAUAAUCUGCAAAAGCACACUACUCUUUGGAUAAACAGUGCUUUCGCAAAUAUAUUAAAGAAGGCCUGUCCCAUUAGGGCAUUAUCCAAUAUGGAGAGACAGAAUAACGUUUACUCCAGUGCAUAGCCUGGGCUUGUUUAGAAUAUUGUAAUAGAUAUAACUUAGGAAAAGUGUAGAAGCAACAACUGUUCCUUACAUAGCAAAGAGGCAAAAUGUAGAAUACAUGCAAUCUUAUAAGCAAAAAUCAUUACCAUUAAAUUAAAGAAACUGACAGAAGCACAGCACAGCUGCAAAACUUCCUAGAGUUCAGCAAUUCUACAAAUAACCCCAAAGGCUAACAAAUUAUUUGAAGCAGCAGCUUUUUUAAAAAAAAAGUUCUUUAUAAUUCACAUGGUGAAGAUGAGAUCAUAAUUGCUCUAUCGCAAUCAAGGCAGAAAAGCUGUAACAGGUGGGUGCUUCAACUAAGAACUAACUACUAGACAAAAAUUAGCUGUAGUGCAUAAACUAAAUUUAGCAUUUUAUUAUAAACAAAUUGGAUAAUAUCAAGCAAACAGCUGUUUACUGAAGCUCGUUAUCCUCACCAUGUUCCAUUUUUUAAAAACAUAAAAUGCCACAUAUAAAGGACAUUAUAUAAUAACUGCACUCUGAUCCAUUAUGGUAGAUUGUUUUGACAAGAUGUUCAAAAAAAUGCUGUAAAAAUCCACAAUCCCUUCCUGUGUUUCAACUGAGUACAGAUGUUUUUUUUGCUAUCCCUCUCUUAUUUUGCUACUAACUCAGCGUUCUAUUUUAAAAAUCACUCUUUUCUAUGUAAGAAAAUCAGACUUAGUUAAAACUACAUUUUAGUGAGAAAUGCUACUGGAACUUGACCUAGCCGCAAUUCUUUCACAAGGAUAAAUUCAGAUUUUAAAUUUUACCUGCCCAAAUAAUCACCAGGAGUUUUAACUCAAAACAAAGGAAUCUUUGCCUUUGGUAUGCUUUCAGAAUUGGUUCACUUUAGAUUCUGCCACUUAUCUAUUUGAUUUGCAGUUGCAGCAGGUUAUAAUAAAUGCAUUCUACACAUGGUUAAAACUAAGUCAUAAAAAUCUAGAUUAAAAUCCAUGAGAGUUUUCUGUUAGAGUUGGAUGCUAUGGGUAACUUUAAUUGAAAAUCUUAUAGUCUAUUAUAAGACAGAUUAUUAGCAAUUAUUUGUUUCUAUGUUCUAUUUUGGCAUAGUUAUGGGUACAUAACUAUUUUGGGAAGCAAUAUAUAACUUUUAACAUUUCUUUGGACAUAUCAUUCUCCUUUUAGAAACAUUUAAGAAA